AUGGAUGAAUCUCGGGCUGCCAGCGGGCGCGCUGACCACAAUGCUCGCCAUUCCCAUAUGCCGCUACCAAAUGGCGUAAUCAAUAUACCGAGGCCCGAACAACCAAAACAAUACAUUCAUGAAGACGAGGAGGAUACUGUAAUAGAUUUCAAUGCUCCUAUAAGUUGGUGGAUUAUAUCAACUCUGUUUCCGCUCAUAGCUGGCACAUUCGGACCCUUGGCCUCAACCUUCAACAUUUGCGCCCUUGCCAUUGACUGGCGGACAACUGUCAGCUCAAGUUCGACAGAAUCAGAGGGCUCACACAUCUCGGAUCCAGGAUGGCUUCUAGCUGUCGAUGCGAUCAGCCUCGCCAUUGCCAUCCUUGCGAAUCUCGCUCUCCUGGUUCAGAUGACGGGCCGAAUUUCACACCAACGAGCCUCCCCUGUCACCAUUGCUGGCUGGUAUACCAGCUCUUUGCUCCUACUGGGUCUGCUUGCGGCAACUCCGGAACAAUUACCUUUGCCGACCAACACUUUGGCAACAUAUUCUCAAGCCUUCUACUAUGCCAUCUUUGCUUGCAUAAUUUACUUCCUCCUCGCUUCCAUGCUCCUCAUCACCCACGUCAAUCUGCGCUACAGAGCACCACCAUUCAGCCGAUCGUUCAAAUUGACCAUGUCUCAGCGCUCGCUCAUGCUACAGACUAUCCUAUUCUUAAGCUACCUGCUUGCCGCAGGUGCCGUCUACUCUCGGAUCGAGAACUGGGACUUCCUCGAUGCCGUCUACUUUGUCAACGUGACUCUGUUCACAAUUGGACUCGGAGACUACCAUCCUGUCACGCACUUGGGGAGAUCGCUGCUCUUCCCUAUGGCGAUUGGUGGUAUUCUUUUCGUCGGUUUGAUAAUCGCCUCCAUCCGCACGCUGGUCCUUGAGUCUGGCUCUCGCAAAAUUUCCACCCGGACGGUCGAGAAAGCACGUCGUAAAGUGCUUAACUCAGGCAUCGAAAAGAUCCGCGAGCUGGCGCCUCGAGAUUCUGAAAGUCCAAAGUUGAAUGCAGAUCCUGCCACGUCGGAGCUCGAUCGCCGCAAGCUGGAGUUCAAAACAAUGCGUGACGUCCAAAGACGGGCUGGUCGUGCAAACCGACUGAUCGCACUAUCAAUUUCUGGCUCAUCCUUUUUCGGUUUAUGGUUCAUCGGGGCAGUGGUUUUCUGGCAAGCGGAGUCUGCCACUGGCGGAGAAAACUGGUCGUACUUUGAGGCCUUGUACUUCACCUAUGUGGCUCUUUUAACAAUUGGGUAUGCCGAAUUUUAUCCCCAAUCAAAUUCCGGCAAGCUCGCCUUUGUCUUUUGGUCCUUGAUCGCCCUCCCUACAUUGACCGUCUUGAUCGGUGCGAUUGGAGACACCAUCUCGGAUCUCGUGGCUUCUACCACUUUAUGGCUUAGCAAGCACGCACCUGAAAGUCUGAGUAUCUUGAGGGACGCAAAAGCAGCAAUGGAGAAGAAGCGUAACCGGGAAGGUGCUUUUCAGGAGGCAAAGCCUGCGGGGUUUAUGGACGACGAGUCUGCUGUCGAGGAGGACUUUGAGGACCAGAACAUUCCGAAGGCGAUCCAGGCACUUGGCGGGCGGGAACAGAACAACGCUCCUGGAACAAACGCAAGGCCAAAAGACGAGAAGGAAACGCAGGCAUUGUUGUCCGCAUACAGGCUACACAUCCUGUUGAGCGAAAUGCAGAACGUCGUGCAACAUCUCGACGCGCAACCCCCGAGGAAAUAUACCUACGAAGAGUGGACGUGGUUCUUGAAGCUCAUCUCCGAAGACGAAUCCGCGGCACCGGGCCAUAGGCACCCAUGGGAGCACGACGUUAAUGCUGCUGCUCCAAUGAGGGAGACGGACGAUCAGAAGUGGAGUUGGCUCGGACAGGAGAGCCCUCUGAUGAGCAUGGAGGACGAGCCGAAAUGGGUUCAAGCUCGGCUGCUCGAAGUGGCACAGAGGAAGAGCAAAGGCAAGGGAGACUUUUGGCUGGAGGUUUGGAGGAAGCAACGGGAGAAGGGAAGCACGGUCAGCAGCAGGUAG